GCAACACGAGCAAGUGUAGCCUUUGUGGAUUGGCUGGUGCCCCUGGCCUUAGAGACUGUUGCCAACAACAUUUCCUGCCGAAAUUAACUGCAGAUCCCGGGACACGAGUCGGUCCUCACCGAACCGAACCGUGAGCCAGAGAGAACCUGGAUGCAUACUAUGCCUCGUGGGAGUGCAUCGAGUAAUCGUUCCAAUGGAAGCGAUGGAGAAAUGGAAGGGCUUGCUGAAAGUGAGUUGGGAAAGCUGCAGCAUCAGUUCAGAAUCAUGGAGGGAGAUCGGCAGGCAUAUACCUUGGAGUCCCAGGAGCUGCUGAGGAAACAGUUGGCAGAUAUCGAGAAAAUGAAAAAGGAUCGUGAGGAGUUAAUGUUAAAUCUACAGCUUUUGGAGAGCAAACACAACCAGCAGCAGGACCAGGAGGACAUGGAAAGUAUUCAGAACAGCUUAAGUUACCAGGAGAAGCUGGAGGAACAAAUCACCAAUGAGAAGCAAAGUAUCAAGGAUCUGGAAGUGGAGAUAAAGGUUUUGGAGCAAAAAAUCUUCAAGCAGAAGAAGAGGUUGUGUACAGGUGUUAACGUUAAAGCAAUGAAUGAACAGCUGGCGAAGAACAUUGGGGUCAUGGAGGACCAUCAGUACAGGGCACUGAGGAAAUUCAAUACCCAGCUGAUGAGAAAUGGACAGCUGAGGGAACAAAUUGACAUACUGCGUGUUGAGCGUUCAAGGUUUGAGCAGCUCUACAGGAAGCUGGAAAAAGAACUUCUUGAGACUCGGAAGGAAAUCGGUUCCGUGAUUGACAUUUCGACAACCGCCUAUGAUGCCAGGGAUGAAGCACAGACAAAGAUGCUUCAAUUGAAGGAGAAGGCAGAGAAGGACCUGGCACUGCAUGCAGCCGAGAUGAAAGAACUUCAGCGAGUCAUUGACCAUGAUAAAAAGCUGAAGGAGUUCAUGGCAAUUAAAGCUCAGGAGCGCUCUGGUGAAGAUGAAGCUUUAUAUGGCAUCUACAAGAAAGACCAGGAUGCGGCGAGAAAGAGAAAAGACCCAAAGGAGGAGACUAUGGAGAUGUAUGAGGCUGUCUUUCAGCAGAUCCGUGCUCUCACAGGGGAGGAUAACUUGGAGGCACUGGUCGCAAUGUUUGUUGAAGUGGAAGAUCGUAACUUUGCACUGUUUAAUUACAUCAAUGAGCAGAACAGUGAAGCUGAGAAACAGCAGGAGGAGAUUGUGGAUAUCCAGGCACAGAUUGAAUCCUUCAAAUCACAGGAGAUGCAACUGGAACAAGAUCGUAAACGUGUCAUGCAGAAGAUUGAAACUCAACAAGAGGAACUGAGCAAACAGUGCGAGUUAUACGAGAGCAGGCUCACAGUGGGCAAGAAAAUACUGGAUCAACUCAAAACUGGAAUUGAAUCAUUGUUUAACAAAAUAAACUGUGAUCGAUCAAUAUUGGAUGAAAUGUUGGGAUCUUCAUCUGGAAUUCGAGAUAACAACGUGAUGCAGUAUCUGGGCCUCAUUGAGCAGCGUACCAAUGAGUUAUUAUCCAUCCAAUCCUACCUUUUAUCCAAGGAUUAUGACCAGCCUUAUGACCCACGGAAAACUGCUAUGCUGCUGAUGGGUCAGAGUUUGGAGAACCCCACUCAGCCAGUCUACAUUGAACCUCCUACCACAGGAAAUGAUUAUGACAGCGAUGUUGACUCUCCAGUGACCGAUGAAGAGGAGAGGCCCCUGACUCAGAAUGAGCUACGGCAAAGAAUAAUGAAAGGAGUGAUGAAGAAAGAAGCUAAGGCAUUGAAGAAAAUAGACCGCUCUCUUCAAAAAUCCUGAAAUGUUCAAAGGAUCAACUAAGAAACACUCAAGAUGGUCACACUUGAUUGUUUACAAUACUUCAUUGUUUACAUAAGUUAUUUUGCCAUUUAUUUCCUUGAGUAACACAUUACAACCAUGCUGAAUGUGGCUUUUUACUUGCAUUGCAUUGCUUCUUUUAAAUCGAUUUCUCAUAAUUCCAAAAUCAAUAAUUGUGAACUGUUGCCCCUCACAGUAUUAAUAAUGGAGAAACAUUUCAAUUCACUUGGAUUCAUGAUGGUCUUGAAUUAGCAUAUUCAAGUAAAUGUUCACAAUCAUAAUUAAAGAUGCUAAUUAUCUUUCAUGGUUACAAGAACAAACCUACACACCAGAGAUUAUUAAUGUAUUUAUGUCAAUUCAAUAUAUAUGCUUAUAUUCCACUAAGAAUAGCUUUUAGUGUGCCUCUGUCCAGCCACAUCUGUAAUUAACAGUUCUUCCUGAACCUAAGGCAAAAUCGGGAAUUUUGUGCCUUUACCAUUCCCAGAGAAAGCAGUAGUGUCAAAGUAAGCAAAUAAAUCAACUAUUAUUCCAUCCCGUUA